AUGUCAAAUACAGUCGACGAUAAAGACAAUGACAUUUCGUCAAAAGAUAAUUCACAAGAUGAAUUGUGUGAUAGAAUAACUCUCCAAGAACUUCCAAUAGAGAUAUUUCUCCACAUAUGUUCAUUCCUGGAUGCAUCAACGCUGGUUCAUCGUUUGGGGAUGACAUGCAAGCAGUUUUAUAAUAUUUUACAUGAUGAUUCAUUAUGGAAAGCUAGGAUCAGUCGUGUGUGGCCAAACUCACGGUUUCCAAUUUUACCUCCUGAUGAAAAUGAUAAAUUAUUUUGGAAAUUGUCAUGUGUCGCUGUUGAACGUCAAUCGUAUUUAUGGAGAAAUAGUGGUCAAAUUUGCAUUUCUUCUGGACGUGACAGAUCGUUGAUAUGCUGGAGGCUGAAAUCUGCUGAGCAUGAAGAGAAAAUUCAAAUGCAUCAAAGCUUCGGGCAUGAUGGAUGGAUCCGCGAUAUAACAUUAAUGCAUAAUAAACUUUACAGCUGCAGUUGGGAUCAGAGAGUUAUAGAAUGGGGUGUAUCAAACGUUGACAUUAAUUUUGUAAAUAAAAUUGAAUUAUUCAGAGAUAAAACGAGUGCAUUGCUGUGUAUCGCUUCGAACCCAGAGCUUAAUUUAUUAGCAACAGGGUCGUUUACUAAAACGAUUUCUGUGUUAGAUCCGCGAAAGCAAUCGCCUCUCGUUAAUGAAUAUCAAGCUCAUCAAGGGCCUGUACUUAAAGUUAAGAUGAACUCUCAGUACAUUGUAUCAGCAAGUGAAGACAAGCGUAUAACUAUUUGGGAUCAACGAGCUCAAAAAAUACUCAAAAAAAUAAUGAUUUCAAAAGAGUCAUUCCCAAUGAGUAUGUUUAUGUACAAAGACACUGUGUAUAUUGGAGAUAGCGCUGCUAAUAUUCAUAUAUUAGAUAUAUACAAGGAAUUUGAUAUUAUUCGAACUUACGAGACUGAACAUACUAAAGGAAUUACGGGCAUUCAUGUCACACCGGGAAGUAUUUUAACCAGUUCAUUAGACUCAACUGUUAGAAUUUCAAGUCCGACUGAUCCACCUCGACAAUUCACCAUCUUACAAUCUCGUCAUGGUGAUAUCGCUGGGAUGGAAUACCAGAACGAAGUACUUGCCGUAUGUGGUGAUAGCGCAAUCCAAAUAUGGAGACCUACGACUGAACAUGCCUGCUAA